CGUCGCUUCAUACUGACGUCACCACAAUCAUUUUCGUCUGCCGGUAGAGAAGGAGUGGGAGAAGCAGAAGUAACAGCGAUCAAACAGAACAGCUUUAUAGAUUUAGGAACAAGAUCACAGACAUUCGGAAACAAUCGCUGUGCCCACCAUCAAAGUAAGAAGAGCGACCAUGGCUGUGAACGUGUACGCGACCUCGGUGACCAGCGAGAACCUGAGCCGUCAUGACAUGCUGGUGUGGAUCAAUGAAUCUCUUCAGAUGAACCUGACGAAGAUAGAAAUGCUGUGUACAGGGGCUGCCUACUGCCAGUUCAUGGACAUGCUGUUCCCCAACUCGGUGCCUCUGAAGAAAGUCAAGUUUAGUGCCAAGCUGGAGCACGAAUACAUCCACAACUUCAAAAUCCUGCAAGUUGGUUUCAAAAAAAUGGGAGUGGAUAAAAUCAUCCCAGUUGACAAACUGGUUAAAGGGAAAUUCCAGGACAAUUUUGAGUUUGUCCAGUGGUUUAAAAAGUUCUUUGAUGCCAACUAUGAUGGGAAGGAGUACGACCCUGUGGCAGCAAGACAGGGGCAGGAUGCCAUGGCCAUGCCCAUUCCUGCCUCAUCAGCUCUGAACAAACCCCCCAAGAAGGCCCUCAGUCAAGCUCCUCAGAGGCCGCCCGUGGCCAAGGUGGCUCCUAAGUUGGCUCCUGUUAGUGCAAAGAAGCCGGGGAUGGGAGGGGCUGAUGAGGAGAGGGUGGAGCUCCUGAAUGAGAUUGAGAUUCUGAAAUCCACCAUCCAGGACAUGGAGAAGGAAAGAGACUUUUAUUUUGGUAAGUUGAGGAACAUCGAGCUAAUUUGCCAGGAGAAGGAAGGAGAGGGCGACCCUACGCUGCAGAGGAUUAUAGACAUCCUCUACGCCACAGAUGAGGGUUUUGUGAUACCAGACGCUGAAGAGCAGGAGGAGUUUUAAUGGACGAUUACAAUCCUCCCAUGUGACCUCGUUCUUGGAGCUGAGACGGUUUUGUGUUCUGUAGCGAGUCCAGCCUCAAGCCUUCAUCACUGCCCCUCACCCCCACCCAGUCUCCUGAGUCCGGCCCAGCACUGCUGUGUCCCCGUUCUUCCAAAGACCAGACAUGCAGUACACCUCUGGUCUUUAGUAAUGAACUUGUGUGUGCGUGCGUGUGCGCGCGCAUGCACGUGUGCGUGAUGUGCGUGCGUGCGUGAACUAGUGUACCAGAAUAAAGCACCUCCUCCAGCAACUCGGCUGAUGUUUGUUCCACCCUAAGCCCAGCGCAGCAGUGUCCUGGGCCCUCAUUUAUCAAGCCUUCGUAGAGACGCUGCGAUAUUCCUUCUAUGAAUGAAAUCUAGAAAGUUCGUUCGAACGGUCGAAAACCUGAUUCAUGAAGCAUGCGGUGGCCUCUCGUACGCACGUUCCUCCGCACUUGACUGUUGGUAAAUCCCACCUGCGAGUACCCCGGUGCUCGUGCCCGUUCAGUCAUUUACCUAUAGAAACGCCUUCCAUUAACCAUAUUUGGUCAUGCUACAUCCUCAGUACGCGAGGGUAUUCCCAGGUUUUUCCUGAGAAAAAAAAACUGGAUGAUUGAGGCGCUGGCUGCUGAAGUGCAGAAGAACCAACAAGUUUCAGAAGUUAUAAACAUGGUUGCGACAGAGGAGAGGUUCCCGUCAGGAAAAAAAGGUCCCACAUAAUAGAGCAACGGGUUAUUUACGUUUAUGGAGUCAUCCUGGUUGGAGUUGGUUUUAUUUGGAAAUGCAGUCUGAGAGUGCUGCCUGUUUAAAGCUGUCAUUCAGUCUAGUUACCAUGACAACACGUGUGAUCGAGGAGCAGAGGAGGUUCUGGACUGAGCUUUGUCUGUCGCUCAACAAAGAAUCCCAAAUCACAGCAUAGCUCCAGAAGGAUCUUCUUCAGGAGUCAGAUCAGUGCGCUCACAGAGGGCCCGGUCCCACUGGAACAGGGGUGGGUCCAAGGGGGGAGCCUGGGGAACAUGGGCCACCCCUUGUGGCCCCCCAAAGUUAAGAUCAUGAAACAUCUGUAUCAUAUAAACAAUCAAAUAACAUAAUCUUAAACAUAAGCAACCAAAUAUCAAAUUUAACCCUCCCACUGUCUUUAUGGGGGACCCCGCGAGGAAAGUUGACCAUUGAGCAGAGUUGAUGGUUUAUCUCUUGGGUCCACGUGGCAGGGGUGAGGAGUGAGCACCACCUCACCCCUGCCUUGUGGACCUCGAGGGAUAAACCGUCCAUCCUGCUCAAUGGUCAACUUUCCUCGUGGGGUCACCCUUCAGGACAGUGGGAGGGUUAAGAUGACCUUCUCUAGUGAAACUCAAAUGUCUGAUUGUAAGUGAAUGCAGCAGAGCACUACAAGCAGAGGUCUCCAUCCUCGUUGGUCCAGGAUAGAGAGGCGAUGAGAGGACAAUAAACAUCUCAAUAAUUCAAAUGAAAUUUAAGUAAACUGAAGUAAAAUCAGGAUGUUACAGAACAUGUAACCCUGAAAUAAUUAUUUCUGCCUACCAGUACCGUCGAACUGGUGCAGCUAGCAAGAGACUUGGUGAAUACUUCAGUGUUAACAUGCCAGCCUGACCAAAUUUUAUCUCUAGAAUAUUGUGGAUAAUAUGGUAGUUUUUAUUUUUGUCUGUUUUCACUAUAAUCAGCCUACAGCAGUGCCAACAAUAACCCCCAAAACCCCUCUAUUUAUCCCUCCCUCCCACACACACACACACACACACACACACACACACACGGACAAAAUAUGUUCCAAAAAUUCAACCCAGAUCCAAAAUGACCAGACAUACCUAAGUCCGAAUCCAGCCUGGAUGCAGAGCUCACGCAAUGAGCAACACACACAGUUUUCUGACUUCACACACACAAACACACACACACACACACACACACACACACACAUGAAGUUCUGAGUCGGGCUUGGACAGGCUUCUGAAAUCAGACACCAUGAAAGUGUGGUGCAAAGCAUGAAAACCCAGAAAACGACCGUGUGUGUGAUGUCUGGCGAGCUGGGCUCAGGCUGUCGGGUCAUUUUGGAUUCGGGUUGAAUUUCUGGGCUUGAGAGCUCAACAGAGAGAGCCUGGCUGCAGCUGCGUCUGAGCGGCAGCUGUCAGAGGAGAGGAGUAGAACUCCGAAUGAGAAAACACAGAAAUAAAAACGUGUGUAACUUGCUGUCUGAGCCUGUAGAGGUUCUAUAAACUUAAUUAUUCUGUUUCAUGACCCACAUUGGUGUUAAACUGAUGUUAAAUUCAACUUAGCUCAGUAGACAGAGCGGGUUGUCAAGUAAUCGGAAGGUUGUAGGUUCAGUCCCGGCUCCCGCCAGAGAAUGCUGCUGUUGUGUCCUUGGGCAACACACUUAACCUGGCUUUGCCCGCUGCUGGUGGCAGUCGGAGGGAGCGAUGGUGCCUGUGUUCAGCAGCGUUGCUUCCGUCAGCUUGCCCCAGGGCAGCUGCGGCUACAUUGUAGCUCAUCCACACCAGCGUGUGAAUGACAGCUGUAAAGCGCCUUGAGGGGCUGUCGAACCCUAACGCCUAAUUUAUACUUAUGCGUCGGGACGGACGCACGCAAUGCAGUUGUCCGUCCUUGCAAGCGCCCUACAGCAGGCUCGCAAGGAUGGGCGGAGUCAAACUCUUUCUAAACAUCCAUCCAACGAGACGGAAGACACAAGCUUGUGGUUGGUCAGGAUGUCGCUGUCGUUGACGGCGCUGCCAUUGCGUCCUCAACAUAAAGAGAGCCGAAGAUAUCUAGCAGCAGAUACGGAGCAGCUUGAAGACUACGUCGUGGAAAAACUCUAAAAAUAUGAACGUUUUAUUCACCCAUGACUGGAAGAGUAAGAAAUAUGCAGCAAGCAUUUUAUUGGUGGGCGGAAAUGAAGGGAAACGUGGGUUAAGAGGUGGCGAGCGCAUGAAGAGGUGGAGGACAAUGAGGGACAAAUUUGUUAAAAAGUGUGAAAUACAAACGGAAAACCCAAUAUAAACACAACCGGAUACCCCAGAACAGCACGACACCGUUGUCCUGGCAAAGAAUUGCUUUGCAACACUCCCAAGAGACGGAGAAGUCGGAGAGCAACACGUCUCUGCCCGUGCGUGCCGCUCCUCGUGGAGCUUAUAAGAAGAUAAAUUAGGCUUAAGACCGCGUUAUACAAAUAAAGGCCAUUUACCUUUUUAAAGAAAAUUUGGGAGGAAGCGUUGGUUAAUGUUGAGCUACAGUAGAUGGUCUUCUUGUUGCAAUGUCUGCUCCUCCCCAGAGACGAGGGAUAGUAAAAGUUAAAAUGUUCCCACAGGACAGGUUAUUGGAAGGGUUGUAGGUAACUGGUUAGUUAAGCAGGUCCAACAGUUUGGUGAACUAUCGUUAAAUCCUAAUUCAGCCCACCUGCUGGUAUCAUUACCAACAAUAUUUAGCCUUUAAAUUGCACUUCUUUCAGCUGGUAUUUGAAAAAUAAUUCUUGCCAGUUAUGGGUGCCCCAGGUUCAUUGUUGGUCCCCCUUGUGCCCCCUCCAGAAAAUACUGUGGACCCGCCCCUGAAACGGAGUGCAUAUCCUCUAAUAACACAGGGUCAGCCAUUGUCAGAUUCCCGCCGGUCACAGGUGUCUUUUAUAGAGCCCGUUAUCUGACGCAGCACUUUUUCCCUCCGACAUAAUUAUUUACUGGGUAAAAUAAUUUGUGGAUGACAAACGUGUGGACGACUGGAGAGCUUCAGCUUUGUGGAUCACGGUCUAAGACUUUUUCAUAUUUAGGACCAUUUUCACACACGAGUACAAAAUAAUGAAUACCACACAAUGCUUAUAUUCAUUCCUACACAUUAAAUACACACAGAUUUGUGCGUAAGGAAGGUUGAUAAAUGAGGGCCCUGUAGUCCGAUGGUGCCGCAGCCACUCUGUGCCUUUCCUGUUCACUAUGGAUCGGUUCCUGAGGAACGUGGACGUGUACACGUGAGAAAAAGCAAACAUCCUAAAGUGAGGUUGUGUUUAGUCUGGGACAAGCAGCAGCCAUCUUCUUCCCUGUUUUUCUUUACAAAAAGAUGUUUUUAUUUUUAGCUGAUGAAGCCUUCGACCUGUGCAGAGACCCAGGGUUAUGAUGGGAUGGAACCCCAUGUUCACAUUUCACUCUGGAUAAUUUGUGAUUCCAGAUAAGAUGGCCUUCUGUAGAAGUGAAUGUGAGGUUAGCUGUUAGCUUUCUGACCACCAUUAUGUUAAAGUGCUAAAGCCUAAUGCUGACCCACAGGGUUAGUCUCUGUGUUUCAACUCUGGCUCACACCGCUAAGCCCUUAAGCUGAUCUGAGACCAGCCACAUGAUGAGCACUGUGAUGGAAACAUCAUAGCUGCUGUAUCCACUAAGCCUCUGACGGGACCUGUCUUGAUCAGCUGGGCUAUCAUCUGUUAUGAAACGGUGUCAGUGGUACAGCAGCCAUGACGGCUCCCUCCAAGCUAUCAGAAAACAUUCCUGCUGAAUCGUCUUUGACCCUCAUUUCAGAUUGGCUUCACUUUUCCAACAUGUUUAUCUUUUUUUCUGGUCGAGUUUGUUUAAAUAAGGUAGUGGAGCUUUAAUUUGUGGAGUCUGGUCUUCUGAGCCUUCUAGUUCUUGGAUGUUGUAGCAGCAGAAAGAGCUUCUGCAACAAAGACUCCUUAAAAGGUAAACUCUUAUUAAUUUGUUAUGCGUGUCCUGUUGUUUUUGGACCAUCCAAUAAAUGUUCAAACCUGCAA